GGUUUCCGCCCCGCUAGGUGGCGGCGAGGCUAUACUCUUCUGUGGAGUAGUGCCGUCUAUGUGCAGUCGAGGAAGCCGAGAUGGCAGCCACCAUGAAAGGACCUGGAGUUGAAGAUGUGAAUGUUACUUUUGAAGACCAACAGAAGAUCAAUAAAUUUGCCAGGAACACGAGUCGGAUGACCGAGCUGAAAAAUGAAAUUGAGGCAAAGAAAAAAUCGCUGCAGAACUUACAGGAUGCCAGCGACGACCUAAUGAUGUUAGACGACGACUCUCUGUUCAUCCCAUAUCAAAUCGGUGAUGUCUUUGUCAGUCACAGUCAGGAAGAAACGCAAGAGAUGCUGGAGGCCGCAAAGGAAACACUGGAGCAGGAGGUCAAAGGCCUUGAGGAACGAGUGUCCGCGAUACAGCAAGUAUUGGGUGAUCUGAAGGUCCACCUCUAUGCCAAGUUUGGUAACAACAUUAACCUGGAGGCAGACGAAAGCUGAGCUGAGAAAUGGACACUGACAGCUUCCCCAACACGGACUUUUUUUCCCCCAACACGGGCUCUCGAAUCACAUCCACCGAGUGUUUGCCAAACAAAAAAAAACCAGUAGGAUGGCUUAGAUUGGCAGCUUCUGGCUUUUGUUUGCGCCUAUGUUGUAUGAUUCUUCAGUUAAGAUUUUGGCAAAAAAAUUCACAAGGACAACAAAGAUUUGGAGACUAAAUAAAUGUCCAUCAUUUCUAACGUC